AUGACUAAUCAAGAGAUGAACUUAUUGAUGCCUGGAAACCAGGUGCCCUGGUGGCCCAGACAGGGAUGGGAGCCUUGGGUGCAACCACGGGGAAAUAACAUGGAGCUGGCCAGAGGAUUGGACACGAAGCUCGACGUGACGCCGGAGUCGAAUGGAACUUCGAUCUCAGAGAAUCGUUAUUUUUCUCUCCUUCGUCUAACUCUUGUACACGUCAUUGGAGUCGUUUUUAUGUACUCUGCCAAGUGGCUACAAAAAGCACAUCCCAGUGGUAACGUUUUAUAA